UGUUAACCACGAGCGAAACCGAGUCUUCAUCUAUUCGAACAUGAUUAAUUAGACACUAAUUCAGUUUUUGUUGUUCUUAAACCAUUAUCUCCAAUUCUUUUUACAAGGUUGAUAAUGAAGAAAGGCGUGAUUCUAUUGGCACUCAUCCUUUCAAUAAGGGGACAGACAAUGCCAAGUAAUUCACCUUUCUUGCAAUCCUUCGGUCGCUGUCGUGUAGUCGAUACGGUCGAAGUGGACCGAUGCACGUGGCCGGGGAAGAGAUACAGCAACGUGAUAUCCGACAACGUCGCUACGCAUGAAAAUUUCGCCACAAGAUUCCUCGACCCCCAGGACAGUACGAUUCUUCCGACAACCACCUUGUCCUGCUAUCCGAAUGGUACAGUGGUAAAUGUGACUUCAGCAGGAACGUUUGUUAAGAAAGGCGUAUAUACCUUCAGCGCAAAUAUUACUGAUGAUGAACCAAUAGAUUUUUAUGUGUUCUUCAUGUACUACAAUCCCAAUACAACUUUAAGUUGUCAAUUUGUCUGUUCCUACGAUCCUCGUAUCAGCGAUAUCGAAGGCGACCGCAAUGGGUUCUUUCACUGUUUGAGUGAACAUCCCUGUGCUAGAGAAAGUGACGCUCAGCUGAUAAAAGGAAUUGCCAAGAAGAACAAUUUUGACCUCCACAGAUUAGUAAUACCUAAUUAUGCCAACUGUCCGAUCGUCCCUCCGGAGACCAGAUGUAAAAAUUAUACCACGAAAGAAUAUUUCAAUUUGGAUUGCUGACUUGCUGACACAUUAAGUCAAUUAAAGUAAUCAACACAAUCAUGUCAACUUACCACAAACAACAUAAAGUCAAUUUUACAAGUUAAUUUAUUCUUAAUAUGUUAUAAAACCCAUUAUUAAUACGUGUUUGAUAUAAUAGUAAAAAUAUUACGAAAUGUUAAGAACACUUAUGCAAAAUAUUAUGUUAUAUGCUUAUUAGCAAUGAGAAUUACUUAAUUUAUUUCCCACGUCAGUUUAUUUUAAAAUAAUUCAUUUUACGAAAAGCAUGGAAUUCUCUUGUCUUGUUAUUUGUGAUCAGUGAGUACGAGUUAUAUUCUCUAUAUUUUUGUCAUAUUCUACACUCUCUAGAAAAUACUUCUUAGUUAAUGUUCCUCUUGGAUGGGUUCCAUUCCCAAAGUCUGUGCCAUAAUACAGUAAAUACAGUAUAUUUACUCGUUCUAAAUUUCACAUGUCUUCUUAAUGUAAAUUACACAUUCUUUUGUAUUACAUACAAAUUUGACUCUUUCAAAAUCCAGAGAUACACUAAAAUUCAUUUAUUUUCAAAAAAUACGUACAAUUUUGUAAUUGUGAAGCUAAACUCUUGUGUCAUUUUAUGAUGUUUCUUAUAUGACUUUACGGUUGUCAUGCAGGUCUAGAUUUGUUUUUAAGAGAGUAAAGUGUUUCUAAAUGUGGUUAUUUUACUCAAAUGGUUAUUUUAUUCGAAUUAUUCAUCGAACUCACACAUUUUGGGAGUUGGGUUACUCCACUAUAGUACUUUAAUAUCGAAUUGUGUCUCUUUUACUUUAUUCGAUUUCCUUAUCUUUAUUAGUGAUUAUGGAAAGUUAUAGUACUAUUGUUACUGGAAAAUAAAUAUUUUCACUCCA